AUGACAGACAAAGCUCCUGCAAUAGGAAUUUCAACUCAAGAGAGUGUUGUACCUGGUGAAGGCCAAGCCCACAAGAAAAGAAAGGAAGGGAAGAAACAAACCACUGUCCCAAAAUUCAUUCAAGAACCUUCAAUGUACCAUCAAUAUACUUCUGCUCAAGGAGGUCCAACUUCUGGGGUGAACAUUAAAGGGCCUCCUAUAUUUCAGGUGGAUCAAUUUAUACCGAGUCAAGAAAGUUGCCUUUCAGAGAGGGACACUAGGCUCAAACAAAUAUUUCAAGAAGAAGGACAGAAGUACAUAUCUGUGUCUGAGCUUAUGUCAGGCAUGAACAAUCCAAAGAAGAGUGAUGAUGGCAGAGGAAAACAGAAAUUGCUAUGA